CCCGCCGAAACCCCCAAAAACUACCCCCCAAAAAUUUGAACUAUCCCCCACCAACGCGCGACCCCCACGAAAAAUCCAAAAUGGGGCCCCCCCCCCCCCCCCCCCUUAACCACGACAUUUCUUGAAUGUAAUGAAUACAAUAGAUCUAAGCUGAUAUUUGAUAUUGAUUCAUUAAUUAUGUUAAAUAAAUCUGAUUCCGAUAUGUCAAAAUCAAAACCAAUUUCAAAUAUACGUGUUUAUCAAUUUAUACGAGAAAAAUGUAAAACAUCAAUUGUUGAGGUAAAGGGUAUUGUUACUAAAAUUCAAAAAUGGAUCGUUAUGAUUGUAAAAGAUCCAUGGUUAAAAACUACAUUGAUCGAAGAUAUUGAAUUUAAGAAAUCAUCUGCACAAUUAAAUAAAGAACAAAAAGAAGAAGAAAAACAAACACGAGCUGGAAAUUGUCAUAAUCAUCCUAGUUUUGUUGUUGAUAUUGAUCAACUAAAUAAACGAUUAACUAGUGAGGAUGCACAAGCAAUUCUACAAUGUUCUAUGUGGAAAAAAUUACCUGAACAAGAAAUGCCGAAAUUAUUAUGGGCUUGUUGUUUACGUAGAUAUGGUGAUUCAUUUCAAUCAUGUGAAACAGGCAAAUGUGGCUUACCAACAGAAUUAGAAGAGAAAGUGAAUAUAAAUAAUGAUACCUACAUUAGCAUUGUACAAGAACACUUCAAGAAAAAUGCAUCUGCCGAAAAAAGUCUAGAAGAGUUUUUAAAACGUUAUAAACCGGCAAUGGAUAAAGUAACAAUAAAUACAGAUAAUUAG